CGUCCGGGUGCGCCAGGAUGUCAUCACGCAUGCCACUCGAAAUCCAACAGCGCGGGUCCGGUCUUGAGCUGUCAGCUUUCCCAUACAGGGACUCUCAACUUGCAAUGUACACGCAAGAUCAACCCGCGGGAUCGGACCAAUGAAACAUAACACGGUUGCUUAAUUAAGGACAGCACGCUUUCUUUCUCGUUGCCAGGACGGUCGGCCCUUCCGUCUGUUUCCGCACAAUCAUCCGGCUUCUGGCCCGAGGUAUCGAACACGGGAUGGAAACCGUCGUAGCAGCGGUUCCCCAGACCUUGGACAAUGCGAGUGCCUGGCACAACUUCACAGCGUGGACAGCUCAGCAGCUUGGAGUGGCGUUGAAUGUCUCACGGCUGGCACCAUCAUUCGAAGACCUUUUCUGGGCGGGGCCUCGCAUGGUCAUGAAGCUAGGCCGAUUUAGCUCCUUCAUAUCAUUUACAGACGCAAUCGACGGCUUCGGCCAGCGAGUCGUCCCAGGCCCCACCGAUACUGACCUCUUUUCCGCUUCUACGGCGCUGGCAGGUAGCCUUGCUAAAACACUCACCGGAUCCCCGUCGACUGCUUCUUCCGCAUCUAUGGCGGCAGAAGCCGCCGCCGUCGCCGCUACCGCGGCCCAAGACCCGCAAUCUUUCGUCUCAAGAUUUUCGAUGGAGGGCACAAGGGGCUUGGGAAGCGUCUUCAGCUACGCGACGAGCAAGUGGGCGCUAUGCUGCAUCGCGAUGGCUGUCAUAUUUAACCGCACCCACAUCUUCGCCGCCACUCGUCGCAGACUCCGGCUUCAAUGGCCUGUCCGGUUGAUUCUUCGGAUCGGGCCCAUCUUGCUCCUGCUCUUCCAAGCCCGGCGCCUCCUGCAGUCGAUCCAGUGCCAGACCUCUCCCAACUUUGCCGAGCUGCGUUGGGGCAAUGCCAGCAAGAGUUCUGACCUGAUGUUCUCGCAUCCGAACCCCUUCCUCCACGGCCUGAGCUCUUCCCUCCUGCUUGGGGCGACUGACGAGGACUCUUGCCGUUCCAUAAGGAUGGUACCUUGGGAUGAUGGGGAGCUGGUCGAGCUGGUCGGCUCUCUAUCUCGGCUUUGGCCGCUCUUUGGAACGUUCUGCUUGAGCCAUUUCAUAGACCUACUCUCCUGCUGCGUCCAGGGUCGACCGCACGCUACUGAGACAGGCAUUACGCUGUUCGAGCACUCUCUCGCCUUCGCUGAGGCAGAUGCUGCCAUCGGCAACCAGCUGGGAUGGGGCCUCUUCACCAACCGUACCACCUCAUCGCAGGCAGUACUGGGUUCUAAGAUAGCCCUCACUAGGUCUAUGAUUAUGAAACGAGUUAACACGUCUCCAGAGGUUCUUCUGAUCGCCUUUCUCUCCGCCAUGGGUCAUCUCACAAGCCAUAUUCUCGGAGUUUUCAACCUGCAAGCCAAGUUUCGGCUCCUCAGCACAGCCUUCUGGGGACUUUGCUUCAUGGCGAGCAUGGGCUGGAGUGCCAUCACUUUCUCGGUCGACGAUCCUUCGGCUCAAGGAUUGUUGAGAUUCCCGACCGUCUGUAUUAUUGGGUUCAUCCCGCACGUGCUCAUCCUGCUGGGGAUCUAUGCCUGCGGGGUAGUCUACGUCUCAGCAUUGAUGCUCUCUGCCGUGGCUUCACCUGAAGGAGAUCGCAACGGCGAGCGGUUGAGCCUUUGGCAGCGUCUUGCUCGGGCCCAUGGCAACAUGCAAGCGAAUGUGUCGCUCGCCGACAUCCGUAUCCGAAUGGAUAUGGAUUUUUACACGGCCCUGUUACGCGCUGGCUUCGCUGCUCUCUCCAUGGCGAGCGAGGCUGUCUAUCUCAAUGAGGAUCAUCAAGUGAACCUAAAGCCAUAUACAUGGUUGGAGGACGAGAGGCUCCGCGAGCUGGAGGAGCUCAGGAUGCAGUGGAUUGGUGGCGGCAUUCCCGGAUCUCGAUUCGACGCUGUCGGUACCAUUGGCCUUUUACCAGUCAAAGACAGGCAGUGUGCUGGAAAUGGCUACGCGAGGGAGAGGGCAGCGCAGCAAAUACAGAAGAGUAAUCCAGCCGGUAGGAGGGUGCGGGACGGUGUGGGCGCUGCAGAACGGAGCUCCAGGUGGCUUAUCGCCUUCGAGUAUUUGCUGCAUAUUUGCAAGCUGCUGCUCGUUACAUGGGCAUUGUUAACGAUCAAGUGUCUCGGGGUCCUAGGCUUGCGCACGCCUCCACGCUGGCUCCAAGCCUUGGCGCAGAGGCCCAAACCCGAGACUUCGUCGAAGAAGGCGCCCGGCCGCGGUGGCCGCACGCUUAACAUUGACGUUCUGUCACCCGGGCAAGGGAAGCUUUUCUUCACCAUUCCCCGAAGCGACGAGGUCGAUGUGGAGGCUGAGCUUCGCAGCCAAAUGGACCCCAUCAUCACAGGAAGUGGCGGUGACGCUCGUGUCGAUGAAGCAGAGGUCGAUUCGAAGCUCUACAGCUACUUCCUAAGGAACGGCUGGUGGGGGGAGAGCGAUUCUAGCGGCGACUAUGCGCCCUCUACUCGGAGCCCCGAAGUCGAUGGCCUGGAAUUUGACGACACGACCAGCGUCAUAUCAACAACCGAAACAGCGAGUGAGCUCGACUGGGAAUCUGACCAUGCGAGUGAUAGUUAUCUCGACGACGGCCAGCGUACGCCAACUCAACGCGACCCCGGCCCCGUAUCCUUCGCCUCAGCCGUAGCAUCAGCCCGCGCAUCACGCGAAUCCACUCCUCUCCUCGAUACCCCGAUCGCAGCCGCCGAUCUCGCCCGGCUCCUGCAUCCCAAAAGCCCCGAGGAUCAAGAAGAGGCUCGUGCUCUCGCCGCACAUCUCACAAGCGAGGGCAUCAUGACCCGCUCGCGCUUUAAGCAGCAACUUCAGCGCCAGCGCGCGCAGGUUCUGCUCACCAACAACCAAGCCUUCGUCCACAGCCAACGCCUAGCUGGCCCAGAGAAGAUGACGCCCGAGGAAGAGGCUCGCGUGCUAGAGCAGCUUCUGCUCUCUCGCCGCGCCGCGGCCGCAGCAGCCAAGUCCGGCGCCGCGUCUCCGUCUUCGGCAGGAGGAGCGGCAGCAGCGAAUUCGUCAUGGGCCACAGGCGCCGCCGGCUUGGGGCCAGACGGGCCGCAGUGCGUGGUGUGCCAGAGCUCGCCGCGGACAAUUAUUGUCUGGCCCUGCCGCUGCCUCAGCCUGUGCGACGACUGCCGCGUGUCGCUUGCUAUGAACAAUUUUGACAAGUGCGUCUGUUGUCGCAGGGAGGUAAUCAGCUUUAGUCGGAUUUAUGUGCCGUAGCGAGGGUGCUACGGCCUAUUUUACCAAUUUUGUAAUUAUCGUUCAUUUCUUAGCUUUCUCCCCUAUAGAAAUGGGUCGUUGAGACAUGGCAUAGGUGGAUUUCGUUUACUCAUUCAUUGUAACCGCGGCGUUCGGUUUGGCACUUUCGGCUAGGCAAGGUCUUGGGUGCCGGAAGAUGAGGUUGUGUACCUGGUAGUGUGGAAGAGGAACCGAGACGGAAAUUCAACACAUUGUGAAGACAGGUUCGGUGGCAUAUUCAGCGUGGUAUUGUGACUUGAACGUUCAUUGGCGGCAUUGCUAGUAGUGUAUUGUACUUGUACGGAUUACCAGCCUGAGUAUGGAUACUGGCGAAACUUGCAAACCCAAGCCCAUCGUCUCUAACAUAUGGCCAGGCAGGAAUAGUGGAAG